AUGUCCAUCUUCGUCCUUAGUUACAACGAUCGAUUGUUAGUAGCUUCGGCAGGCAUCAUGCUCUCCAUCGGCGUCUUCCUAACAGUGCUCUCUGUCUUUGGCAUCGUCUGCCUCAUCAUCAGCAAAAUGAAACGCUUCUACUCUCUGGUGCCAAUAUUUGCCACACUCAUCAUGAUUCUUGCUUUCAUCUGUGGAUUUCUGCCAAUUUUCCGAUUUGUCAAAAACGGCAUGAAAAAUCAGUUGAGACUUUUUUAUGAUUGGGAGAGUAAAUUAGGAAUGGAGUGGAACAGAGUACAAGUCAAAAAACGUUGUUGUGGAAUUGACGGACCUUGGGACUACCUGGAAACUAAUUGGUUCACCAAGUCCAACCCAGAUAGUGACAACCCAACUGUUUACGUUCCUGACUCCUGUUGUGCUUUGAACUUCAACCAAGACAGAGAAAUAACUUGGGUGGACCCUCAGAAACUUCAGUUGAGGGAUGCCCGGCGCUGUCAAGAGGAUGCUAUUGGCAGAGUUAAAAACAGUGUCAACAUCAACACUAAAGGAUGUUUUGUGGCUCUGUUCACGAAAAAUCCUGACCUGUGGCACGACCAAUCCAUCUGGGUCGUCAUGGACGUCAUCACUGCCGUCUGCCUCAUCACAGCGACGUUCCAGGUAGUAUUUUUAAUAUGCAACUCUUUGCUUUCCAAAAUGAGAACAAGAUCGCCGAAGAGUUGA